UCAAGCGAACGGUCCACAACGAUCGAGGGCCAUGGCAGUGCGUGCGGUUCACCGACAACGACGGCGGUUUAAUUUCUUGUGCAGUCACCAUUUAGACAUUACCGCGCGUGUACACUUCUCACCUGAUAUCCGCACGAACGUUAAUCGCGCUAUUUUUUAGUAAUUAUUAUUUUUUUAAAUCAUUUAUUAUUUUUCAACAUCCUACACUUAACGUCGGCAGCUGCACCGUUGCCCGCAGUCGACCGCAGGACGAGCCUGAGGAUUUUUUUUUUGGAAAAAUAUUAAGGCGUUGUUUUUGCCACAUCUUACACGCUUGCCGUUCGGUCGGCCUAUUGAAAUGACAUUCAGGCGAAAACUUCACUAAGCACACACGGUUACGGGCGACUUCAUAUCCACCACCGGAGAGAGUGUGUGUGUGGGGCCAGCGGGUAUUGCACGGACAGACAGACACACACAAAAGGAAUACAAAAUAUAGAAAAUCCCAGAAAAAUUAACCGGGGCCAUGGUGUUGGAAAUGAGAUCGGGCAAGAUGAAAACGUUCUUGCUGUGUUUUCUGCUAAAAACUUCACUGAUAGGAUUAGCGAGCUGUGACUCUUCGUCUGGACCGGUUUAUACGAGCCCCGAUUCGUAUUAUGAGAGUCCCGAACCUGUGGCUUCGCCCGUCGUCUCACCAGAUUCGCAAAUCACUCAAACUGUUUAUGGAUUCUUAGAUUUCACCACAACGAUUGGUAAUACAAUUAUGGUUUUCAUGCCACAGAGUGCGUCUACUUCACCAGGCACUACUACUGCUGAAGAACAACCAUCAACUGAAUCUUCGUUCACAACUAUUGAAGAAAAACCUGUAACAAGGGAACAGUUGAAUAUGGAAGCAGUUGGUAUUACUCCCAGUAAACCGAUAAAUUUACCGACCGAUAACGCAAACGAUGAACCAUUAACGACCAUAAAUGAUCCCUCGACUACUAUGGAACCUACAACCAUAACUACAAAAGAACCGACGACUGACGAGCCAACAACGAGUGAAACGUUCAAGAAACCCGAACAAGAAAAAAAGGCCACCGGAUCUCCUGCAACGGUAAAGAAACCGUCGGCUAAACCAACAACGCCAAUACCUCCAAAAGAAGAAACAAAACCGGCAGCUAAAAUUAACAAAGUACCGGCCAUAAGCUCCAAGGUUGUAGUGCUGACCGGUUCUAAAGUUGUCGAAAAUGUAGUGACCAAAGUCGAUGUCGUUGAAGGUAAACCCGAGCCUUCGAGCGUGCCAGAAAACGUAGUUUCCAGUAAAGUAGAAGUGAUAUCUGGAGAACCUGUCGAAGAACUAACCAUCAACCAUUUGGCGCCCACUCCAGAGUAUGAUUUCCUUUCCAGACAGCCGUCCGAGGUCGUGGACGAGACGUUCAAAGUCAUCGAUUUGAAACCCAGCGCUUCGCGGUUUGUGGUCGGCCAGAAAAGUCGCAAUGCAGAGGGUAAACCACGGGCGUUCAAUUCGGUAUCGAACUUCAACAUCGAAGAGGAACCCACCACCAAUAAAGCAGCGAAAAAAGUUGCAGUGAAAAUUUCUCCUUCUUCGUCCGGUGUUCGGAUACUGAAAACGGCAGCACCGAAAGCGGCCAGCAGAUCGCCCAACAUUGAGCCUACCCCAGCAACGUCCGGUCUAGAAGACCAAUCGUUGGAAUACCUGGUUGGUUCCCAGCCGGGUUCAAACUUAGUUCGUCAAUCUAGAAGACCGGUGAUUGGCGGUGGAGUUAAUAAAAAUAAGUAUUCGCCGACUCCAAAAAACAAACCUCGCGAAUCCGAAGAUUAUCCGGCUGCAGAAGAAGAAUCCAACGAUUACCCUUCGGCUCUAAACGAAAACACGACCCCUAGUUAUAGAAAGGGUUCCAAGCAAUCCGCAAAACCUACCACGACGACCCAGAAAACUCCGAAUUUCAAGCAAAACAGAUUCAACAGGCCUACUACCGAAGCAGAAUUGGAAGCAACUGAGGGUUCUAGUUUCCAACGGAGAUUCUCUCCUAGCGGUAAACGUUAUGAAAACAAUGGCGUCGUGACUCCGGCCACUACUCGUAGGGCCUUCAAAAAACAUUACCAACAACAAGAGCAACAACACCCUACACAGCCAAGUCACCAGCCCAUACCGACUGCUCCAUUGACAUUCAAAUCAAAAUUAGUCCGACCAACCGGUAGGUGGGAGUACAAAACGUCUCCAAAACCCCGCGUGACGAUUCGUCGCAUCGACGACCUGCGCCAUAACCAAGAAAAUAACACUACUCCUUUGACACCACAUUUCCCUGAUGUACAAGUCGACAAUGGCGACCAAGCGUUGGCUGGAUCCGGUUUAUUGCCUGCUUUACAGCACGACGAUGAUAACGAUGUCCUUAUUCAAGAAGUAGCUCCCUCGGCGACUGCUGAGACCAUCAGAGUGGAGAUAUCUACACCCGCCGAGUUCAAGGAUAUUUACUACGAAAUCGCCACUAUCAAAUCACCAUACUCGUUCCAGGUCGGUUCCGUAAAGAACACUAGGUUUAUUACCGUGACCUCAACUUAUCAAAAGAGCUUGGUCGAACAAACCGAAAGUCCACAACCCUCUAGAGCGGAACCUCUGUCAGAAAAUAUAUUGGCUAGCACAGCUCCUAACCUCUAUGGCCGUGAACAACCUAUCGAUUCAAGCGUGGCUACUUUGCCGCCAAUCGCCUUGUCUCCGGAUCAAGCCACACCGCCUUUGGAAACGAUGACUGAAAGUUUCAGCACAACUGAACUGAUGCUGAAGACGCAUAUAUUGCCGGUAGUCCGAGGAAGUGAUACCAGUAGUUAUACUCUAAUCCAGUCGUACAAAGUCACCAGACUAGUGACUGCAGUGAAGACACUGCCGCCGAUGGAGGUGUACCAGUUUGUGCCCAGCAAAACUUUGAACGAGUUCAACACGCGACUGGACGAGGCCGGAUCAGAACUUCAUUUGGAACUCGAAUACGGCGAUAACAACAACGACGACGAUUCACAUCCAAAUGCAGCCAAAGCGUUCUUGGACAGUCUCGAUUUGGCGCAUGUGGGUUCAGAUUUUGACAUUUCGCAGAUGGACAAGACCAACGGGCUACGUCUAAAGAAAGCGCACAAAUUCCCCAGUGUCGCCAACAUUACCGCGACAACGCCGGCGCCGCCGACCAUGAGUCCCGAACAACUCCAGCAGCUGGCCCUGUACCGGCUUUUGAAUCCCAACGUCCCGAUGCCGGCUCCGGUUGUCACCGCCUCUCGGCCGGUUCUCAAGUUGGAAACCGUAUACGAAACGCACGCUUUGCCCGUGGUAAACGGCGGCAGCACGUACUACACCACCUUGUCCAGGCCAGUGGGUACGGUGACCAAGACAGACUAUGAACUCUACACCACCACACUGGCCAUUCCUCAACCGUCGGCUCUGUUUCCCCAACAGCCGUCUAUCCUGCAACCGCAGCCGACCCUAUUCCCACAGCCGUCCCUGUUCCCUCAGCAACCCACUCCGUUCCCACCCCAGCCAACCCUGUUCCCGCAACAGCCGUCGUUCACCAUAAUGUCCACGCCGGUCGUCACCCAGUCGAUGGUCACGCAGACGGACAGCAGAGUCCUCAAGCUGACAUUCGGCGCCAAGACCGCAUACACCACCCUGUACUCCAGCUCUGUUUUUCCCACGCAGGUCACAUCGUACUUGACACAGUCCGUUCCUGUACAACCCACCAUAGCCCAGUUUCCUAACUUCAUACCGUACGGCGGGUAUCCUUUCAUCGGAUAAUAAUCGCCCAAUCGCGACGCGUGCCAUUCACUAUAUUCGGCUGGACAUCCGAAGUCAUGAUUUGUAAAUAAAAUAAAAAAAUAUUCUUAUUAAUCCAAUAAGAACGCUCAAAAUGUUUGACGUUACGACCACGUACUAUAAGGUUUUAUUUUAACAAACCGUUGUAAAUUGUUUUUUAUAUAAAUUAAGAUUUAAUUUUUCAACACAAUCUUUGUUCGAAACGAAUUCGGGUUGUAAUUUUGAAUUCUCGUUACUGUUUACGGAGCUAUUGACACCAUUUGCGUGAUUAAAACUAGUGAAAAUGUAUUAUAUAUAUAAAAAAAAAAAACAACACUAGUUUAUUUCCAUUAAAAUCUCGAUGCCAACGAAUCUCGAAAAUUGCAAAAAAAAAAAUUUAUAAUAUUAAAAAAAAAAUAAAACAACACGAAAUUUGUUACCUGGAGAGUUUUGCGCAUUUGGUGUCUCACUUUGUUAAUUUUAUUAUAAGGCAUCGUUUGUACGUUUUAUGUUUAACGCAAUUUUUUUUUUAUUCAAUUGAAAAAACUAUCCAAAUUAUACCACAGAGCCCGUCCAUUCAUUUAUCACCCUAACGGGAUCGAACUUUGAAAGUCGGCAAAAAGUUCGCAGAGUAUCUUUUCACAUUCACCUCAUAAACCUUCCUUUCCUCUCCUCGAAGUUUUUUCCUCGGGGUUAAAUAACAAAUCUGGAUGUCAGUUUUGAUUAAUUACUUGUAUCCCCAGUUGAAAAUAAUUUCUCAAGAAAGAUACCUAUUGCCAAAUACUGGUGGGGAAUAUAUAUAUAUAUAUAUAUUUACAUAAUAUAAAGGUUUUUACUAAAAUAAUUGUAGGGCAUAGUGUAAUUAUUUUUAUAUUAUAAACUAUAAUAUAAGUGUACUGUAUUGUAUUGUAUUAAAUUAAAAUUAUGUUUUAUAUUUUUACCAUGUAAACUAAUUUGUUUGUAUUAGUUAAUAAAACUAUUUGUACAGUUUAAAUUUGAUA